ACUUUCUCUCUCUCUCUUUCUCUAUCGUUUUUCUUCUCUCCUCCCACUAUACUUUUUUGCAUCUUUAGCAGAGAAGCUAAUUUCAAGUUAAUUUUAGCUUCUAAUUUUCCUCUUGUUUAUACCUUUUUGAUCUCUCUCAAGCUAACUUUCCCAAGAACCCCAUCCUAAAAAGAUUUCUGGGUCUAAUUUUUGCUUUCUAUUUCUGGGCAUUGAUCUAAUUAACAAGUAAAAUAGAUUGAAGCUAAACAAGGAACCCUUGUUUUCUAGAUUCUAGGCUUCCCCAAAUUUCCCAACUACUAGAAAGAACGAGUUUUUCUUACGUCUCUUCGUCUUUUUUUUUUUGUUUAAUUUGUUCUUGAAGACUCCAAAUUUCAAUUUGCGUGAAAAAGAAAAGAGAUAAAAAGAAAUGGUGGUGAAGAUGAUGAAGUGGCGGCCAUGGCCGCCGCUAGUAACGAGGAAAUACGAGGUGAAGCUAUCGGUGAGGAGGCUGGAGGGUUGGGAUCUGGUGCGGGAGAGUGCACCGGAGAACGAGAGAUUGACGGUCGAGAUUCGCUGGAAAGGACCUAAGGCGACAUUGGGAUCUCUGAGAAGGACGGUGAAGAGGAACUUCACUAAGGAAGCUGUGGGAGAAAGCGACGUCGUUUCAUGGGAAGACGAAGAGUUUCAGAGCUUAUGCUCUCUCACUUGUUACAAGGAAGACACUUUGUUUUAUCCUUGGGAGAUUGCUUUCUCUGUCUUCACCAAUGGAAUGAAGCAAGGGCAGAAGACUAAAUCUCCUCUUGUUGGAACAGCAUUUUUGAAUCUUGCUGAAUAUGCGCGUGUGACCGAUCAAAAAGAAUUCGAACUAAACAUUCCUCUCACGCUCUCUGCUUGUGCUACCUCCGAGCCACAUCCAUUACUCUUUGUGUCAUUGAGCCUGCUUGAGCUUAGAACCACUCCAGAAACCUCGGACACUGUGGCACAAACCGCUGUUGUGCCUGUCCCGACUCCAUCUCCACAACAGCCUAUUGAAACUCACCCAACUGAGAAGGAUGAUGUCUCUGCAAUUAAAGCUGGUCUCAGGAAAGUCAAGAUUUUCACAGAGUUUGUUUCUACGAGGAAAGCCAAGAAGGCUUGCCGAGAGGAAGAAGGCAGGUUCUCAAGCUUUGAAUCAUCAGAAUCGCUCGACGAUUUCGAGGAAGAUUUUGAUGAAGGCAAAGAAGAUUUGAUGAGUAUGAGAAAAUCUUUCUCCUAUGGACCUUUGUCUUAUGCAAAUGGUGUGGGAAGUUCGUUGAACUGUGGCACAAAAAUCACUGAAGAAGAUGAAGAUUGGAUUUAUUAUAGCCACAGGAAAUCGGACGUAGGAGGAGGUUGCUCAGACGCCGAAGAUUCCGCUGCUGGUUUGGUAUACGAGACAUCACUUCUUCCACGGCGUAGCAUUUUGCCGUGGAGAAAGCGGAAACUGAGCUUUAGGUCGCCUAAAUCCAAAGGAGAGCCUUUGUUAAAGAAGGAUAAUGGAGAAGAAGGUGGAGAUGACAUUGAUUAUGAUCGGAGGCAACUUAGCUCAGAUGAAGCUCAUUUUCCUUUUGGUAGGAGCAAAGGAGAUGAAGAUUCAACUGCUAAUCCGAGAACUUCUUUCUCGGAGUUUGGAGAAGACAGUUUUGCGAUUGGAAGUUGGGAGGAAAAAGAAGUGACAAGCCGAGACGGACACAUGAAGCUUCAGACAAAUGUCUUUCUUGCUUCCAUCGAUCAGAGAAGCGAGCGAGCAGCGGGUGAGAGUGCCUGCACAGCUCUUGUAGCGGUUGUUGCGGAUUGGUUUCAGAAGAACGGUGAUCUCAUGCCGAUCAAGUCUCAGUUCGAUAGUUUGAUCAGAGAAGGUUCUUUGGAGUGGAGAAACCUCUGCGGAAACGAAACAUACAUGCAGAAAUUCCCCGACAAGCAUUUCGAUCUCGACACCGUGUUACAAGCAAAGAUCCGGCCUUUAACUGUCGUCCCUGAGAAAUCCUUUAUCGGGUUUUUCCAUCCUGACGGGAUGAUCAACGAGGGAAGAUUCGAGUUUCUGCAAGGCGCAAUGUCAUUUGAUAGUAUCUGGGAUGAGAUUAUUAGUCUUGAGGAAAGCUCGGCGAAUGGCGAGAAUGAUGAUGAUGAUGAUGAUGAUGAUGAUGAUGAUGAUAACUCGCCGCCAUGCGUUUAUAUUGUGAGUUGGAAUGAUCACUUCUUUGUCCUGAAAGUUGAAAAGGAAGCUUACUAUAUCAUUGACACACUUGGAGAAAGGCUUUACGAGGGUUGUGAUCAAGCUUACAUUUUGAAAUUCGACGAUAAAACCAUCAUCCACAAGAAUCUUCAAACAGAGGGAUCAGAACCGGAGGACUCAAAAUCAGAGAUUGUGUGUAGAGGGAAGGAGUCAUGUAAAGAGUAUAUUAAGAGUUUCUUGGCCGCAAUACCGAUCAGAGAAUUGCAAGAGGAUAUCAAGAAAGGAUUAGCCUCGACCGCGCCUGUUCAUCACCGUUUACAGAUUGAGUUUCAUUACACAAAGAUGACUACAGACGCAGAAAUUGCGGUCUGAAGAGUUAGGCAGAGAGAAGCUAACGUUUUGUUUGAGGUUCUUGUAAGUUUUGUAACUCUCUGUGUAGCUUCAGCUAGCUUGUGAAUGUGAUUUAGAAGAGUUAACUCUUUUAAAGUUUUAGCUAUGUUUAAUCAGUUUGUAUCUAAUUUUCCAUCUUU